CUAUAAUUAAAUUUAAACAUUUGGAGAUAAUAUCGACAACAUGUAAAAAAACAAUUUUAUUAAUUUGAGAUAUAUUAAAGGAGAAUUAAACCCUAAAAAUUUUCAGUCGUGUCAAUGACUGAGGCAUUAGGUCUUUAUAACAUUGAACAAUUUCGUUGCAUUCAUAGCACAUUUAUUUAUUUUUAAUAAAAUGACUUUAUACAUAACAAAAUGUAUUCAAAUAUUUUUGUUAACGUAUUUAAUUGUAAUAACAGUUGUAAGGUCAAAGCAAAUAGUUAUUCGCUAUCAAUAUCCAGACAGAAUUAGUAAUCGAUCAUACGGAAAUUUUGUAAAUUUAGCUCAUCAAUAUGGAUAUGAAGCAGAAGAGCACAUAGUAGUUACCAAAGAUUAUUAUUUAUUGGAAAUAUUUAGAAUUGAUUCAAGUCCUAAAAGUCCAGCUGCUAAAGGGAAACCAGUUGUGUUAUUGCAACAUGGAUUGAUGGCAUCUUCUGAUGUUUGGGGUUUAUUUGAUAGAUCACUAGCAUAUCGUUUAGCUGAUGAAGGAUAUGAUGUAUGGAUUGGAAACUGUCGAGGAAAUUAUUACAGUCAAUCAAAUGUAUUGCUAACUCCUGAUGAUCCUAGUUUUUGGAAUUUCACAUGGCACGAGACUGGUACAUUAGAUCUCGCUGGAACAAUAGAUUAUAUUCGAGGAGUUACUCGGCAACACACUUUGACAGUAAUUGGUCAUUCGACAGGUGGAACGGCUCUUCUGAUCCUAUUAUCCGAAAAACCUGAGUAUAAUAAAAUAGUAAACUUAGCUAUCACUGUUGGUUCACCUGUCAUUUUCACAAAAAAACCAAUCUUCAGAAGCAUACUUUCCAACCAACUAAAAUAUGCAAAUAACAUACAUCAUCCCACAGGAUCGUCAGUCAAACAAAUUCAUCUACCUUCAGUAUUUUUUAGUAAUUUAUGUCAAAAUUACAAUCUUCAGGAAUAUUGUAAAGAGUUUUUCGAUAUACCACUUAAUUACGGUUUCCCAGGAAUGCCCUUGGAAAAAACUCAAACUGUUUAUAAUGAUCCGAAUGAAACUUCUAGGAAAUUUAUAAUGCACUUUUUUCAAACGUUAAAGCAACCAGGAGAAUUUCGAAAAUAUGAUUAUAAAGGUCUCAAUGUUCGACAUCAUGGCCAACCUGAUGCUCCUGCGUAUAAACUUAAUAAUAUCGUUACAAAACUGGUCAUAUUUUAUGCAAAAAGGGAUUUAUUGUGCACUCGAACAGAUGUUGAAGAACUAGCAAGGCAUGUUUCAACUAAUGCAGUAAUUGUACCUAUAUCAGACAAUAACUUCUCACACAACGAUUUUUUUUUACACGAAAAAGUUCAUCACUUAUUUCAUAAUAAAUUAUUGCAAAUCAUUAAUGAUGAAUUAAUUAAAAGAUAAUGCAAU